AGCAAACAAAUGUCACCAGUGAAGAGCUCCGCAGCGUUUUUUUAAACACAGAGUUUUUAUUUUUUAACGUGACCUGCUUUAAACCGACACGGUGUCAGCAUGUGUUUUAAAUAGCGUCAGUGACUCUGCUCGACAAGAAGAAGAAGAAAAAGAGGAGAAGAUUUGUGGCCCAAGUGGAGAGAAGAAAGAAGCGUCGCACAGACUCAUCCUGCAGCGGCGGCCAUGUCUCUGGGCGAACCGGUGUCGGACUCGGCGCCGUUCUUCUCCGAUGACAGCGAGGCGGAGGGAGCGGAGGAGCAGGGCGGCUCGGGGGGGGCGGGGACCGAGGAGGAGUCGCCCAGCGGAGUGUCGAAGGUCCGAGCGCUGCUGACCGUCUUCAUCCUCUGUUACAUCAACCUGCUCAACUACAUGGACCGCUUCACCGUGGCAGGUGUUCUUCCUGACAUCGAGCAGUACUUUGGAAUAGAUGACGAGAAAUCCGGUUUGCUCCAAACGGUUUUUAUCUGCAGCUACAUGUUUCUGGCUCCUUUGUUCGGUUACCUUGGCGACAGGUACAACAGGAAGUUCAUCAUGAGUUUCGGCAUUACGUUCUGGUCUUUAGUGACUCUCGCCAGCUCCUACACUCCCAAAGACCAUUUCUGGGCUCUGCUGCUGACUCGAGGUCUGGUCGGAGUCGGAGAGGCCAGCUACUCCACCAUCGCCCCCACCAUCAUCGCAGACCUCUACGUCAAAGGGAAGAGGACCAACAUGCUCUCCAUCUUUUAUUUCGCUAUCCCAGUGGGAAGCGGCCUCGGAUACAUCGUGGGGUCACAGGUCAGCGCUGUUGCACAUGACUGGCACUGGGCUCUGAGGGUGACUCCAGGUUUGGGGAUCAUUGCAGUGUUCCUGCUGCUGUUUGUGGUCAAAGAGCCUAAAAGAGGCGCCAUCGAAGCUCGACCAGAGCAUCACCUGCAUCAGACCAGCUGGCUGACUGACCUGCAGGCGCUCAGCAGGAACCGCAGCUUCGUGUUCUCCACUCUGGGCUUCACGGCCGUGGCCUUCGUCACCGGCUCGCUGGCUCUUUGGGCUCCGACCUUCCUCUUCAGAGCGGCCGUGUUCACCGGAGAGAAAAGCCCCUGCGUGGAAGGAAACUGCGCCUCCGACGACAGUCUUAUCUUCGGCAUCAUCACCUGCGUCACCGGUGUGCUGGGCGUGGCGAGCGGCGUGCAGGUGAGCCGGCAGCUGAGGAAGAAGACGGCGAGGGCCGACCCGCUGGUGUGCGCCGCCGGCCUGCUCCUGUCCGCUCCGUUCCUCUACUUGGCCAUCGUGUUCGCUCAGGCCAGCACCAUCGCCACAUACGUUUUCAUUUUCUUCGGAGAGACGUUCCUGUCCAUGAACUGGGCCAUCGUCGCCGAUAUUCUACUGUACGUGGUCGUUCCCACUCGCCGCUCCACAGCCGAGGCGCUGCAGAUCGUCUUCUCACAUCUGCUCGGAGACGCAGGAAGCCCCUACAUGAUAGGAGUGGUCUCGGACUCUCUGAGGAAGACGGACUCGUUCUUGUGGCAGUUUCGCUCUCUGCAGCUUUCUCUGCUGCUCUGCUCCUUCGUGGCCGUUGUGGGCGGAGCCUUCUUCCUCGCCACCGCACUCUUCAUCGAAACGGACCGCCGCCGCGCCGAGAACAUCACGUCCACAGAUGACGAGCCGAUCGUGGUUCCUAAAAGCGGCCGCUCCACUCGGGUUCCAGUGUCCAGCGUUCUGAUCUGAGGUUCAACUCGUGGUCUUUUAUUCUUUAUUCUUUUUAAGGACUGCAGACGCUGAUGGGACUCUCUGCCGUGCAGAAACAUUUGAGGAAACAUUUAUUUUUAAAACUUUUUGGACAUUACUUUUUAUACCUUGCCCCCCCCUUUGCCUUGCUCAGGAGCUCGCUGCCACUUUUGGAGGUUUGUUUUUCAUCUCCGGAUGUUUUUGCUGGGUUUUUUUUUGGAGUUUUUUGCCGCACAUGGACGUGAGCUCAGCAUUAAUGGAGACGUUUACAGAAGCUUUCACUCGAGACUUUCCUGAAGAGAAGUGACAGAAGUGUUUGACGUCCGACCGCCUAUAAACUGAUUAAACAUGAUGAGGCUCAUAUCCUGAGUUUAACCACAACCAAAAACACGCUGCUCCCUGCGCCCACAAACCUCCACAGAUUUUUAUACGCAGGACACGCUUUCAUAAUCACGUGUUUUUAUGUGUUUGAACGAGUUUUAUCAGCAACACUAACCGUCUUACAGAAAAAUGGGAAAUAAUGAUUCAAGCUGUCAGAAACCGGGAAGAAUCAUAUUUACCUUUUUAUUCAUCUGUUCAUCUUUUUACCAGCAGUCUGUCUGUUUUUAAUCCUCCGUGUUUUAGUUAAUAAUGCUUCCAGGGUCUGAAGGAUCGGUUUCAGGUUUUAUUGUCUCAGCGUGGGGUAAAAAAAAAAAGAAAAAGAAAAGAAGUCUGAGCACAAAACUGCAGUAAAUAUGUGUCAACAAUGGUUAUUUAAAUAAGAAACGCUGUUAAAUGAAUGUUAAUAAGCUGAUUUGUGAGAUUAUUUUAGCAGAUGUUUGAACUAUUAAACAAGAAUUAACU